AUGAAUGGAAUCUCAAAAACCAUUGUUUUUCUUGCAGUUUUAGUUUCAGUUUUGUUCCCCACCUCAACUUGGGCUGAGACAAGCAAACUCCUUGAUUGCUCUAUUUCAUCUGCUGUUAAUUGUUCUUCUUACAUUUAUCUUCGAAAUGUUACUGAACCCAUCAACUCUGUUCCAUCAAGGCUCAAAAUUUCUGCCCUUGAUAUCAGUCCCUUUAAUGUUCAUGACUAUUUGGCCAAAAUUCCUUGUUCUUGCUCUGAUAAUUUUACAUUCUCUUACAGAGUGAAUUAUACAGUGCAACCUUCCAAUGUGGGUUUGGUGUUACAAGAGAUUUCUGACAAAUAUUUUAGCCAUACUGCAUGGACAGUUAAUCAAUCCAGAAUAUUAGAUUUGGGGGAUAAAGUAGAGUUAGCUCUGGGUUGUGGAUGUCCUAUUCCUGGAUGGAAAUCGAUUAUUUCUUAUGUGGUUACCGAUGAUGAUACGCUUUUUGAAAUAACUCCUAAAUUUCACUCCAACUUGGAUGCGAUAGUAAAGCUCAACAAUAUACAGGAUAAGAGAGUGAUAAUGAGUGACUGGGUAUACUUUAUCCCUUAUCACCAGGAAAAGCACCAUCGUAGAGCCAGAGGAAUAGUAAUCAAGGUUUCUGUCUCGCUUGCUGGGACAAUCCUACUGCUAUUUUUGUUGAUAAUUCCUUUCUACUAUAGCUGCCGCAGAAGAGGUUCCUCUUUAACUCAGUCUUCAACAUAUAUAGACAAUGAAGAAGCUCAAUAUUGGGGAGAACAGAGAAAACAAGAACAAAAUUUGGAUCAAGGUCUAUCUGCGUUGACAAAUCUUACAUAUGAAGAGAUAAUUCAAAUGAAAGGGUAUUGUGAGAGGUCUUACAAAAUUGGGCAAGGAAGCUUUGGAAAAGUGUACCGGGGCAAUCUGAAGGAGAAAGAUGUGGCUAUUAAGAAAAUACGACGUACAAGCAAAGACAGCAAAAGAUUAGUUGAGAAUGAAGUGGGACUUCUCCAUGGGAAGGAGCACAAAAAUCUUGUCAAUCUAAUCGCAUGGUGUGUUGAAGAACACACAUUUUAUUUGGUGUAUGAAUAUGUUAAUGGGUGCACUCUGGACGAAUACUUGAGAGAAAAUUCUUCUAUUCCUUCUUUGAGUUGGAAGCAGUGUCUGAAGGUGAUAGCUAGUAUAGCUGAGGGAGUAGAGUUCUUACAUCUCAGCAAAAUCAUACAUGUUGAUAUAAAACCUCAGAAUAUAAUGUUAGACAUUAGGACUAAUGAGGUUAAAAUUAUAGAUUUUGGGUUUUCAAGGCAUGUGGACUGGGAAGGAACCCACAAGACCACUGAGAGAAUAACAGGUACUAGAGGAUAUUGGUCUCCAGAAUAUUGCUUCAACCACAAUCUCUCCUACAAGCAUGAUAUUUACAGUUUUGGUAUUGUGGUAUUGGAGGUUAUAACAGGGCAGAGGCAUGUUGACAAUGCACGAGGCUCCAGCCAGUUCCAUAUUCCAGACUACUUACUCUACAUGAUCGCCAACAAUCGUUUUGAACAAGCUUUGGAUGAACGGCUCAAAGGGGAUUGCAGGAAUGAAUCUGAUUUGAUGAAUGCUUUGGCUGUAACAGAGUUGGCCCUCAAAUGUGCUGAGAAGGACAAGGAGGAGAGACCUGAUAUGGGUUAUGUAGUGAGAGAACUCUGUUUAAUGAGAGAAAAAAGUAUUGACAUAGAGUCUUCUGAGAUGGACCGUUGA